AUGGCAUCGGAUGAAGAUCUUCAAGUUUACUGUGACGAGGAAGGAACUAGACUCCCUGCCCAUGGUUACUGCACUGACUGUAAAGAACACAUUUGCCAUACAUGCUUUAAAGCCCAUCAGAUAAAUAGGCUUUCCAAACAGCAUACGCUUCUCGAUGCAACAAGUAUGCCUAAAGUUUUGCAGCAACCCUCAACAUCCAUUCACACAGGCCUGUCAGAUGACUUGACCUUGCCGUGUCGUAAACAUCCAAAAGAAAUGAUCAAGUUCUACUGUAAUGAUCAUACAGAAUUUCUCUGCAGUGUUUGUGUUACCCUUGAACAUCAAGCUACUUCCUGCAAUGUCAACUAUAUACCAGACAUUUCUGGUGAUAUAAUAGACAGCAAAGAGUAUCAAGUUAUCUUCAAGGCAAGAAAUAACACUUCUGACAAAUGCCAACAGAUUUUAAACGAUUUUCUCAAAGAGGCAUUAGUUGACAUUAAAAAGUUCCGCCAAGAAAUCAACCAAAGACUAGAUGAACUUGAGAGACAGGUUGAAAAUGCAUCUAAAGUCAUAGAACAAAAAAAACAACAACAAACAUCUGAAAGCAAUGAAAGACCAUGGGAUAUCACCACAGUAGCCAGUACUGAACUUGCUGUCAUACUACCUUACUUACAAACAAUACAGUUUAUAUCAAUCUUCUCAAACAAACUUAUAAAGAAGCACACUGUGAAGGUUGAUGGAAACUGUAAUGGUAUAAGCUAUUAUCAAGGUAAACUUAUUGUGUCAUUUCUUAAUCCUACAAAACUUCAAAUCCUUGAUGUGAAUGGCACUGUACUAACAACUAUUGAUAGAAAAAAUAUUUUCAAAGAUCCAUGCUUUAUCAUAUGUAACAGAAGUUCUAUCUAUGUAUCUGACUGUAGCAUGAAGACAGUGACAAGAUUAAAUUGGCAAGGUGAUAUGGUAGGUAGUUAUAAUUGUAUAAGAAUGCCUAGUGGAAUGUCACUGUCAGAUGAUGGUACUGUGUUUGUGUGUUGUCAGGAGAGAAAUGUUAUAGAAGAUAUAUCAUGA